AUGACAUUUGUCUACCUCUUAGUAUAUGUGGAUGAUAUUCUCGUAACUGGUAACAGUAAGCAAGGUAUUCAACAGACGCUAAACCUUCUUGCUGAUCGUUUUUCUGUAAAAGAUGCAGAGGACGUCAACUAUUUCCUUGGCAUCGAAGCACAUCGCACCUCAGUAUGCCUUCAUCUCUCACAGCGGAAGUACAUUCUCAACCUUCUACAUCGGUACGAUAUGUCCAAUGCCAAACCAGUAACAACACCGAUGGCGUCCUCACCCAAAAUCAACAUUCACACUUGUGUUCCUCUCUCCGACCCGACCAAAUAUCGUAAACUGGUAGGCAGUCUUCAGUACCUUGCUUUCACAAGACUGGAUAUUGCGUUUGCGGUUAACACGUUGUCGCAAUUCAUGCAUCAACCAACUGAUGCACACUGGCAAGCAGCUAAAAGAAUCCUUCGCUACCUCGCUGGAACACCAACACAUGGCAUUUUCUUCUCCGCGAAGAACACUCUAAGUCUUCACGCUUUUUUGGAUGCUGAUUGGGCUGGUGACACGGUUGACUAUGUCUCCACAAACGCUUACAUCAUCUACCUCGGAAAAUAA